AUGUUAGUCUUGUGGAGAUCGUAUACUAAAUCAAAUACAACAAAAACAUUACUAUCAGGAAAAUGCAACGCAAUAUUACCGAAUAAUGAAAAUCUCUCACGAAAUCAAAGCAAUAAUGAUUCUAACAAUCCUGAGUUAAUAAAUAGCACUAUGUUACAUGAAAUUGGUUAUAAUGUUACGGAGCUUCCAGUUGUUAUCAGGAAAUUAAAAGAUUUGUCUGACUUAAAUGGUCCCGAAAAAGAAGUACCAAAACGUAACAAUAAAUCUGUUAACUAUCAUUUAAUACAAGAAGAAUUUAAACAAUGUGUGGAUUUACGUGACGUUUUUUCUCUUAUAACAAAGUGUACAAAAAUAACUCCUAAUAUAGCACUGGGUGCUAUAGAAAGAAUUUAUGACUUAGAAAGAAAUACCAAGUCAGUGACAUAUAAUUCAAAUGAAAAUUACUACAGUAAUGUUUAUUUUGCUAAAGGUGCUAUUUUAGAUAAGCUAUUGAAAGUGGUAAUGAAAACUGAAGACACACAAACAAUUUUAAAUGUUUUGAAAACAAAUUCAUCAUUGAUAGUACCACAUAAAAAUAAAUUUUGUGAAGAAUUGUUACUCAGAGUUACGGACAAUAAGCUAAAUGUAGAUCAGUUAUAUGAAUUUGCAUCCUUUUUGCUCAUCAAUAAUGAUGACCAAUAUUAUAUUGAUAUGAUAGAUAAGCUAUGGGUUGGAUUUACUGCAAAUGAGGCAAAUGUUAAUGAAUCAAAUAUUGAAAAAAUAUUUACCAUACUACAUGGUUUAAAAGUCAGCAAAAAAGCUAUGAUUACUUUUUUAGAACAUAAAUUAAUAGAACUAUGGCCUAAAAUCACACCUGAUUGUAUGGUUGAUAUUAUGGAUGUCUUUAUAACAGAAAAAUAUUUUUCCGUGCAAUCAUAUGGAAUAUUGGCUAAAUGGUUUUUUUCUAAUAUACAUGCACUUCAUGAAGAUGCUUUCUUGGAUAUUAUUACAAAGUUUAUUUUAUUGAAUUAUACAGAUGAUCAAAUUGAAGGCGGAGUGGAAAAAUAUAUAAAGUUAAAAGGACAUAAGAUAAAAUCAUAUAUUCUAAUUAUUGGUAUACUUAAUUACCUUGUGAAGUUUCAAUUGCGGAAUGAGCAAAUACUUAACAUAUGCUGUGAUCAUUAUCUUAAAAAUUUAAACAAUAUACCUGUGAGUUUUUUGAAUUCCUUUAUUCAUCCAAUUGGAUUCUUAUAUUUUAAGCCAGCUAAUCAAAGACUUUGGGAUAUUACAGAAACAAUAUUAUUAGAAUCCUAUAAGAAGGUAAAUAUUCAAGAUCUAUGCUCAAUAAUGUUGUCCUAUAUUUAUGUUAGGGAAUAUCCAACGAGAUUGGUUACAAAAGUCCUUCAUUCAGAAUACUUUACAAAGAUCAGUAGCUUGCAUUUGUUACAAAAAUUUUACUUGAUUGACACAGCUCUAUCAGUUGAAUGCAUUGAAUAUGGUGGUCCCCUGUUGCCUAAAGAUCAGGGGCUCGAACCAGUUUUGCAAGACCAAAGGAUAUGUAGUUUAAUAAAUAGGGUAAAACAUGUAGUUUUUGAUAUCUUUGGACAAAAUAGAGUCUCAUUUGCUGUCUUCAUCCCUAAUUUAUGCUCAGAUGCAAAUUUUAUUAUUGAUAUAAUGAUUCAUCCGAUUGGUUUAGGUAGUGACACUUUUAAUUGGAAACUCAAAACAGUAAAAAACCGAAAUAUAGCUCUGCUUAUACAUUUGCCAGACCAUUAUUGCACUAAAAGUGAACAACUUAUUGGACCUCAAGAGAUGAAGAAAAGACAUUUAAAUUUGCUUGGUUUUAAAGUAGUUAGCCUUAAGUACAUUUUACUUUGUCAGCUGUCUAUGUCAUACAAACACAAAGAGUUGGAAAAGUAUAUGUUAGAUAGCAUUGGUUUAUAA